AUGUCACACGUAAAUAGCAAAACUCUUGUAUAUGACACGCUUAAAACAUUGGGACGCAGCACUAAAGUACUUCCAACAAAUCAAGAAAGAAGUACCGAUUUUUUCACACCAGACUAUGAAGAGGAAGACGAAAUAUAUGCACCAGAAAGUUUCUCCGAUUUUUUUGGUGACUUUAUUAUUGAAGAAGAUAUCGAACAAGCAAUAAAACGUUUGCAGGCAGAAACAGAAGCUGCAAGAGCUAUGAUCGACGAUUCUUCUUCAUCAGGGUCGUCAGACGACGAAGAUCGAAAGAUUACAAAAGUUACCAAGAAGAAGGGUGAUGCAAACCCCAUCAUACUCAAGGUUUUUAAAAAGAUGUUGAAACUCUCUUAA